ACAUAAUUUAAAUUAAAAUGGACGAUUUGCUUUAACAAAUGGAUGAUAAUAAUUCUGAUACUUCGAUUAUUGAUUUUGAUUUAGUAUCAGAUGAUGAAGAAAUUAUCAAUGAUAAUGUUUAGCCUAAUUAAGAAAGUUAAGAUCAAGAAGAAAUUCCAAUAUAAGAAGAAUAGGUUGUUGAAGAGAAAGCUCAAACAGUUUAGAUUGAAUAAAAUUAUUUUGAACUUAAUUACAUUCAGAAAUAAGAAGAAGAUAAUGUUAUUUCUUUACCAAAUAAAUUAAAGCCAAAACUGAUAAAAAGAAAAUAACCUAGAGAAUGUAAUUUACUAUAAGGAUAUCAACUUUUAAAGUCUUUUGGAAAUUAAUCUCUUAUUUCAUACAGAACUAUAUAAUAGAAAAAAGACUAGGCAUUAAUGAAGAUGACAAAUUUUAUAAUCUCUGGAGUUUAAAAGAUGAAAAGAUUAUGAUUUUUUGUAUAUAAUUAAUAAAAUUCAUUAUUAAUUUGGAUCCAUUUAGAUUCCUAAGUAUAAAUGUUUAUCAUUAGUUCUUAAUUAUCUAUGAAAAAGUUGAA